AUGUCUAUUUUCGAUUUAGAAACCGAUGAUCAAAUUAAGGAAUUUAUGCAAGGUGAAGGGAAAAAUCUUAGUAAACCGUAUAUGGAAUUAAGUCGCCGUAUUCCUAACUUCUCUUCUAAACAAUUAUGUCAUAGGUGGAAUUAUAAACUUAAUCCUCGCCUUACGGACGGUCCUUUCACGCAGGAAGAAAAAGAGUUCAUCUAUAAAUGGGUUAAUGAAAAUACCACGGCAUCCGGCAAAGUUAGAUGGUCACAUUGCCAAAAAGCAUUGGAGAAUAAAUUCGACAAAUUCCGUGCUGUCAACAGGAUUCAAGGAAUGUGGCUCACACAUUGUCGACACCUAGAACAUGAUUUACCUAAAGUCUUCUAUUAUCGUAAACGUGUCAAAACAUUCAACACACCUUUGAUCUUACCUAAAGCCAACCCCUCUGGUACUAAAAAUGCACCAAUUGCCUUCUCUAAUGUCCCUAUUCUUCGACCUCGUCCUCGUUUACCUGCUCUAAUUCCUAAUUAUCAACCGGAAAUUAAUGUUCCGAAAUUUAAGAUGUUGCCUUUAUUUUAA